UAAGUAGGUUGUGUGAAGAUGGUCUCCAAAAACCACUUUGAAUUUCUGUCUGUGGAAGCUUGCAGGAGUGUUGCAGUGUAGCCCCUCACUGCUGCUGGGUAUAAAAGGUGUGUGUUACAACAGAUGCACAUACUCACCGCUCACUGCCAACAAUGGAAACCUCUUCGGUCCUCCUUGUGUGCAUCCUGGUUACAUGUUCUGUCUGGACAGUCCAUGGGAGAAACGUAAAGGUCAAGACUGAUGAUCAGGUGGACGUGCAAAUCUCUGUGGAGGCUGACAGGGGUCCAGGUUUGUGCAAAGCGUGCAAGGAGGCUUUAAAAAAGGUGAAGAAAGACAUGGGACCGAACGAUACUAAAGAGAACAUGCAUAAAAAGCUGUUGGCCGCCUGCAACCAAAUCACCAGCCUCCAGAAAACCGAUUGCCGCAAAUAUGUGGAGAAACACCUCGAGGAAUUAAUCAAGGAGCUCAACACCCCUGAUGAUGUGGAGACAAUCUGUCAUAAAACUGGAGCCUGCACCGCGAAGGAGAUGUUGGACCUGCUCGAGGAUUCACAAAUUGAAAUGAAUGAAUAUGCCUGGGGUUGAAUGCACAGAUAAUGACUAACUGCACAUACGAUUACGAUCAACAAGCAUUUUCACCUCGUUUUUUUUGUAACUGUAUUCUCUUUGCAAUUUCCCUUGUGCCUUUAUUUACUCUGCAUUGCCUGUGAUGUCAUGUUUAUUGUGUAUCUGUGCAUUAAUGAUCAAUAAACAUUUGCAUUUCAAA